ACGUUCAGAACUGACAAUUGUCACGAUUAUUUUAAUUUGUUAUUUGCACCGGUUCAGAGAAAUUACGGAACUUUUGAUUUUUGUCGUACAUUUACACAAAAAUCACUGAGCAAGAUAUCUACUGAAAUACUAUUAAACCAUUAUAUAUAUAUCUAAUAUGGCAGAUAGCAAAGAUGUUCCUAUGUCUAAUAACGAAGACAAUGAACUCUCAAAGGCAGUAGCAGAACCUAAUAAUGCUGAAAUGAGAAACGGGGAUAACAAAUCACCCCAGCCUCCAGCGACUCCGCCACCUGUGGAAGAAGACACUCAGGAAUUAAUUGUAGUGAACGAAAAUACUGAUAUUCUCGAUCUUAACCAUGGCAGAAUAGGAAAAAUCGAAAACCUUGAGCCCCUUAAGAAUUUGGAAAGAUUGUACUUGAGAUGGAACUUGAUAAAGAAAAUAGAAGGUCUGGAUACUCUGAAUAAAUUAGUGGAACUCGAACUUUAUGACAAUCAAAUAGUUGUCAUCGAAAACCUUGACAACUUGGUGAAUCUGGAGAUCUUGGACCUGUCGUUUAAUAGAAUCAAAGAAAUCGCCGGUCUCGAUAAACUUUUGAAACUUCGUAAGCUUUUCAUAAGCUCAAAUAAAAUAACAGAAAUCAAAAAUGUCAACCAUUUACCGAACUUAGAGUUGCUGGAACUCGGUGACAAUCGCAUACGGGAAAUCAAAAACCUAGAUGGCAUGAAGUCGUUGAGAGAGCUGUAUCUUGGUAAGAAUAAAAUAACGAAAAUACAGAAUCUCGAAGAUCUCGUGAAUUUAGAAAUAAUAGUCCUGCAAAGUAACCGUCUAACGAGAAUCGAGAAUCUUGAACACUUAACGAAUCUGGAACAGUUGUACAUAUCGGAGAACGGCAUCAGCUCCAUAGAAAACCUGUCGAAUCAAGUCAAGUUGCAAACUUUAGAUCUGGCUAUGAACAGGAUAACGGUCAUUGAAAAUGUAAGACAUAUGAGCGAGUUGGAGGAACUGUGGUUAAAUAACAAUCAAAUAUCUGAAUGGUCAUCGGUUGAUUACCUUCAAGAGAACAAGAAAUUGGCUACCAUUUAUCUGGAACACAAUCCGAUCACAUCUGAUCCGGCUUACAGGAGGAAGUUGAAGCUAGCGUUGCCGUCUCUACAACAAAUCGAUGCAACUCUGUGUAGAUAAGAAAUUGUUAUCAGUUUGUCCAAUAAAGUAUAUAGUUUUGUAAAGCAUGUACAUGUAUGUGAAAUAUAUUUGGAAAGUAGUGUACGCACUACCAUAGUCAAUUUAUCAUAAUACUAUUCACUCAUUAAACAACAUAGUCUAUUGUAGUACCGUCCCGAACUUAUCUCAAUACAUUAUUAAAGUAACUAUUGUUGAUAUCAUUCAUUGUAGACUAAAAAUUGUAUUUGUUAUAAAUGAGGAAUAAAAACUAUUUGAAAAGCGUAUUGUAUCAAUGAAAGUUGAAUAAUAAAAUUUACAGUUUCAGAUUGUUUUUCCGUCAUGCUCUAAAUAUGUUUAUCAUGAAUUAUUACUAAUAUUUUUCUUGUAAUCAAAUUAUAUCAUCCGAACUGAAUUAAAAUCUGUAUGAAUAUUGUAAGUUAUUUAUUAUUCCAUUUUAUAAAGACUGUCUUGCCCCUUCCAAUGAAGUAAUUGUAAAUAAAUGUAACGUUUUCCUUGUUAUUUUCCAAGCUUAUAUGGUUUUAUUAAUGUAGGUUAUAGUAAAUAUUUGAGUUACAAUGGAUUAUAACAUUUAUUUUUAUUAAUAAUACUGCAGAAAUAUAUUUUCAGGCAGUCUCGGAGUCCCUUUCGAACCUUGUCCACAAGGAGGCUGUUCCCGAUCAGAAGACUAACAUCUUUAGUAAAGUUAACUUUAACAUGUAAAUAAUUUAUCAUUAUUUCUCAACUUGCAUCGUAUUUUAUAUGGUAUAUAUAAUAAAAUAAAAAAAAAAUUACGGA